GCUUGCGCUGGUUGGUUCAUUCACCACUUUCCACGCGACUGUCUGUUCUUAUUCACAGUGCGACGCAGUCUCUCCAACCUUUCGGUCGGUCUCUUUGAUCUUCGGGAAUAGUAUAUCGCUUACGCCACGAAAAAUCGGAUUUUCGAAAAUUGAAAAUUCUUUGAUUUUUGCAAAUUGAAGAACAAAUUGUUGGUUCCUGUGUGUAGCAGUUGAUUGUCGAGAAAAUGUGAGGGAUUUAUUUGAAUGUUGUAAAGUCGUGGGUGACUUUUGAAGUGUUGAAAAGCUGAUGGAUACAAUUUUGGAAAAUGAUGCUCAUAAGGAGGCAGUUGGAGGAGAAAUUCAGGAGGAAAUCUAGCUGGCUGGCGGCGAGCGCGAUGCAGGUCUUCACUUGUUUCGUGCUGGGAGUUUUCUCUAUUAAUUCCGCCGGAGCAGCUCGCAGACAGCAAUGGAACGGCACAUGGAUUCGAAUGGGUAUGCUCUUCGACGAAACGAUGCAAAACGACCAAGCGUCGCCCUCCUGCAAGGCCCUGCCUGGCCUCAGUCCUGGCCAGGGGCGGCUCUGCCAGCUGUACGGCGACCACAUGAACGCAGUGGCGUGGGGGGCGAAGCAGUCCCUCAACGAAUGCAAGCACCAGUUCCAUCACAGGAGGUGGAACUGCUCGCUGCUCGAUGAUGUCAACGUUUUUGGGCCAGUCAUCACCAUAGCCAGCAGGGAAACGGCCUUCGCGCAUGCGCUGGCCGCAGCAGGAGUGGCCCAUUCCGUCUCUAGGGCGUGCAGGGACGGACAGCUGUCGUCUUGCGGCUGCAGCAGGAUGCGCAGGCCCAAGGACCUCAAAAAGGAGUGGGUGUGGGGUGGAUGCGGAGAUAAUCUCGAGUACGGAUAUAAAUUCACACAAAAUUUCGUCGACAUCAGAGAGAGAGAAAGAAAAUUCAAAAGAGGUACGAGAGAGCAGGGUAGAUUACUCAUGAAUCUACACAACAACGAAGCUGGUAGAAGGGCCGUCAUCAAGAAAUCCAAAGUGACUUGUAAAUGCCACGGUGUAUCGGGAUCAUGUUCUUUGAUCACUUGCUGGCAACAACUAGCGACCUUCAGAGAAAUCGGCGACUAUCUGAGAGACAAAUACGACGGAGCGACGGAGGUACGGGUGAACAGGCGAGGGCGGCUUCAGUUGCGCGAUUCCCGUCUCACCCUUCCCACCGCCUACGACCUGGUGUACCUCGAGGACUCGCCCGACUACUGCGUCAAGGACGACCGGAUCGGGUCGCUGGGCACGCAGGGCAGGUCGUGCAACAGGACGUCGCCGGACAUCGACGGCUGCAACCUGUUGUGCUGCGGACGCGGCUACAAUACGCUGAAGAGCACAGUGCGAGAACGCUGUCAAUGCAAGUUCAAGUGGUGCUGCCAGGUGGAGUGCAAGACGUGCAUCAAGUCGAUGGAUGUGCACACGUGCAAGUGAGGUUAUGUAGCCGACUUCAGAAGUGGGACGAACAAUAUUUUACGAUUUCCGAAUUGGAGGAUUCGGUUCAGACUGUCGACAGAGUCGGAUUCAAACUUUUGACACUACUUCAUUGCUGACUUUCGAAAUUUAGGAAUUGUGAUUUUGUAUAAAACACUAUUCGAGUAUGUUUUCAAUAUUUUCAAAACUUCUUGUUUUGUUUAACCGCAUGGUUUAGUCUAGAACUCCAUGAGUAGUGAAUUCGGUUCUGAUUUUAAUUUUUUCUUAAACCUGUCGUAGUACAAUGAAACUAUUUUGUAGUUAUUUUGUCAAUGUCGAUUUGAAGUCGAUAUUGAAGAAUUUGAAAAAAAAUUGUAAAGAUCCGAUUGAAACUUG